AUGACGAGAUAUGAUGUCCGUAUUGUUGAUAUAGAUUCAGAGAAGCCACCAGAGGCCAAAAGAUGUUUUCUACUUUCCGAUGUGCAUGGAAGAGCAGAUGAUAUCGAUACAAAAUAUUUUAAUUAUGAUUUCGAUUUUCUCUUUUUUGCAGGCGAUAUGUCAAAUAAAAGUAAAUAUCACGAAAUUAAAAGUUUCAAGAAGUGGAUUAAUAAAAUGAAAGCAAAAUAUAAAAUUGUAGUUGCAGGAAAUCACGACCUUGUUUUUGAUAGAGAAGAGUUCAAUGACAUAAUAAUUGGCAAUCACACUGCUCAAGAAAUACGUGAUUUGAUUCUCAAGGAUAAAAAUAUCAUAUAUCUAGAACAUGAAGAAAUAACAAUUGAAGGGAUAAAAAUCUUUGGUACUCCUCUCUCCAAUAUUCGAAUACAUCAGGCUUUUAAAGAACCCUAUGAAGAUGAAAACGAUCCACAUGAAGAAUAUUUAUUCUUUUCAAUUCCAGAUUCAACAAAUAUUGUUUUAUCUCAUGGAGUCAUGAAAGGUUAUUUAGAUAAAGAGCCAAAUUCAAGAUGCAAAGGAAGUUAUGGUCUCCGCCACGCAAUUGAUCGUGUCAAACCAGAUUUAUUGAUAUGCGGUCAUAUGCAUGGCUGUCAAGGUCACACCACUCAUAAUAAUACCACUGUGAUUCUUCCUUCAUUUUGUAAGCGUGAUAAAUUUGGUGAAGAAACAAAUAACCCCUAUAUUAUUGAUAUAAUUCCAAAAUUAUCAUUAAGGAUGUCAAUUUGGAAGAAAAGUGAGAAAAUUCCUAAAAUGCUAAAAAUGAAUUUUCCAAACGUAUUUUUUUAUCUCAUUUUUUUGAUUUUGAAAAAAAUUUGGAGAGAAGAACUCUUCGUUUUUGAAUUUUAUCACGAUGGUUUUAAAGUAUAUUAG